AUGCCUCGAUCUUCUCGCACAGGUGAUUUGGUUUUUGACCCUGAGGUAGAGAAGACCGCGCGUAGAACGAGAAAGGAGACCAGACAACUCAGAGAGGAGCACUACAGUGCUGCAUCUGAGAGUUCUGAACCAGGAGUUGACCCAACAGAUUCGUUUGGCGACACUUCAAGUGACUCUGACCAGGAGGAAGGAACAAUGGCUAAUGCACAGACAUUAAGGGAGUUGGCUGCUCCUGAUUUAACUCAGCAACCUUUAUGCAUUACUUUCCCUGCUUUAAAUGACAAUAUUCCAUUUGAACUAAAAUCUGGUCUGAUCCAGCUUUUACCCUCUUUUCAUGGUUUACCAGGUGAAGAGCCGUAUAAGCAUCUGCAGGAGUUUGAUGUCGUGUGCAAUAGUAUGAAACUCCCGGGAAUCACAGAGGAGCAGAUAAAAAUGAGGGCAUUCCCCUUCUCCUUGAAAGAUUCUGCGAAGGAUUGGCUUUACUACCUGUCACCAGGUAGCAUCACCACGUGGGGCCAAUUGAUGAAAAAAUUUCUGGAUAAAUAUUUUCCUGCGUCCAGGGCUGCAAGUCUAAGGAAGGAAAUUUGUGGGAUCAAGCAGCAUCCAGGGGAGUCACUUUACGAAUAUUGGGAACGGUAUAAUAACUUGUUGCGCAGGUGCCCCCAACACCAAAUAAGUGAGCAGUUGAUCAUACAAUAUUUUUAUGAGGGACUCAUUUUUAGAGACAGGAGCAUCAUAGAUGCUGCAAGUGGAGGGGCACUGGUGAACAAAACCCCUCAGGAAGCACGGGAGCUAAUAGAGGGGAUGGCAGAGAAUUCACAGCAAUUCAGUACAAGAGAGGAUGUCCCAAUACGUAGGGUGAAUGAGGUAGAGACACCCUCCAUACAGCAGCAGUUAAAUGAGUUGACUGCGUUUGUUAGGCAACAGGCGGUGAGAAAUGCAUCACAAGCCAGGGUAUGCGGGAUUUGCACUGGUAUAGGCCACUCUGCAGACAUGUGCCCAAUGAUUCAGGAAGAAACUGCAGAACAGGUGAAUAUGGCUGACCACGCGCCCGCGCCAAGGAAGCAGUACGACCCUUAUUCAAGCACCUACAACCCCGGAUGGAGAGAUCAUCCCAACCUCAGUUAUGGAGGGAAUAGGCAACCCAACUUUGCACAAAACAGACAGUCUAACUUUGGGCCAAAUAAGCCGCCAGGGAGGUACCAGCAGCAAUACCAACCCCGACCGCCUCCGGCCCCAAGCGCUGGUCCAUCUUUGGAGGAGAUGAUGAAACAAGUGAUGACAGACAUGGCGAAAAAUCAGCAAAGGACGGAGGCAACCAUUAUGCAAUAUCAGCAAAGGACAGACUCCGAAAUACAGGAUAUAAGGAAUCAGAUGAGUCAAAUGGCCACAACAAUCAACCGUUUGGAUUCCCAGAACCAAGGUAAAUUGCCAUCUCAGCCUGAAUUAAAUCCGAAGAAUGUGAGUGCCAUGACCCUGAGGAGUGGCAAGGAGGUUCAAGGGCCUGAGCUUGUGAUCCCCAAGGACAAGGACGAGGAGAAGAUCGAGAAUGAGCUAGAGAAAGAGGAUAGCAAUGGUGCAAAUCCAAAGGUACUUCCUGACCCAAUAAUUACAGUUAAGACUAACCCGCCUCCUUUUCCUAGCAGGUUGGAAAAAUCAAAGAAGCAGGAUAAGGAGAAGGAAAUCUUGGAGGUUUUUCGCAAGGUUGAGAUAAAUAUCCCCCUCUUAGACGCCAUCAAACAAGUACCAAAAUAUGCCAAGUUCCUAAGGGACUUGUGUGUCAACCGAAGGCGAUUGAGGGGAGAUGAACGGGUCAUAGUUGGGGAAAAUGUGUCUGCGGUCCUGCAGAGAAAGCUUCCACCAAAGUGCGGGGACCCAGGUAUGUUUACUAUUCCCUGUAGGAUAGGUAAUACUGUGAUCAGAAGGGCCAUGUUGGAUCUGGGAGCAUCAAUUAAUGUCAUGCCUAAAUCUAUCUAUGCUUCUUUGAAACUAGGUCCAUUAAAAGAAACUGGAAUAAUUAUUCAAUUAGCUGACCGAACUAAUGCAUAUCCUGAUGGGUUGAUUGAAGAUGUGUUGGUAAAGGUUAAUGAUUUGGUGUUUCCAGCUGAUUUUUAUGUACUUGAUAUGGAUGAUGAUCACUCCCCUGAUCCCUCACCUUUGUUAUUGGGUAGACCUUUUAUGAGCACUGCACAGACGAAAAAUUGA